AUGUUAAAUAAAUUGGUUAAUAAUCGUUUAAGUUUUGUAGUUUUUUUUGCAAAACGUUUAGCAAGUAUUCGAUUUAAUGUUAAUUUAGGUGAACAAAUGAAAAUGUUAAACAAUAACAAACAAUUCGAGAGGGCACUUGAAUUAUUUGAUAAAUACAGAGAAGAAACAACUAUUGAAAAAUGCUCGAAUUGGAUUAUAAUUCAAGCUUUAAAAGCAUGUACUGAAAUUGGUGACCUUCAACGUGGUUCGAAUAUUCAUAAUCUUCUUUCAUCUCGAUUAAAACAUGAUCCUUAUGUAUUACCAUCAUUAAUUCAUCUCUAUAGUAAGUUUAUUCAAUAA